AAAAAAAAAAUUAGGCUGGCAACAGAGAUAGAGAGAUGAAUCGUGCCGUGCUGGCUUUCGCUUCCCUCGCAGACAAAUAAUACGAAGUAUCAAUUUUAGCCUCGGAUCUGGCAUCUAGGCCCUCGAGCUUUGCUGCUGAUCCGACCUGAUACGAAGGGGAUUUCUAAUGGCUACGGCGAAGACGGGUAGGGCUAGAGGCCCGCCGACGGCGAAGGAGAACGGCGUGAAACUUGAGGAGGGUCUCAGUUUCUUCAAGUCCGACAAAUUCGAUGCCGAUGCCUUCGUCCAGUCUCGCUGCUCUCUCAACGACAAGGAAAUAAAGCAAUUAUGUUCGUACCUAUUGGAUCUGAAAAAAGCUUCUGCCGACGAAAUGCGUAGAAGUGUCUAUGCUAAUUAUGCAGCCUUUAUACGCACAUCAAAAGAGAUAUCAGAUUUAGAGGGGGAGCUUUCUUCCAUCAGAAACCUUCUAUCUACUCAGGCUGCUUUAAUUCAUGGUUUAGCUGAGGGUGUCCACGUUGAUUCCUUGUCAAUCUCUGUUUCAGAAGGUUAUAAGGUUAACAAGUUAUUGGCUUCUGAAGAUAGAGAACCCUCAGAACUGGAGAAAUGGUUAUUAGAAUUCCCUGAUCUCUUGGACGUUCUGUUAGCUGAGAGGAGAGUGGAUGAAGCCUUGGCUGCACUUGAUGAAGGAGAGCGUGUAGCUUCUGAAGCAAAAGAAAUGAAAACGUUGACCCCGGCUGUACUCAUGUCUCUACAGACUUCUAUUAUUGAAUGCAGGCAAAAGUUAGCUGAUCAGCUCGCUGAAGCUGCUUGCCAGCCUUCCACACAUGGUGGUGAGCUACGUGCAGCUAUAUCAGCUCUUAAAAGGCUUGGGGAUGGCCCUCGUGCUCACAGUUUGCUACUGAAUGCUCAUUUACAAAGAUAUCAGUAUAAUAUGCAAAGCCUUCGCCCAUCAAGCACCUCAUAUGGAGGAGCAUAUACUGCUGCUCUCUCACAGCUGGUGUUCUCCGCUAUUGCUCAGGCUGCAAGUGAUUCAUUGGCCAUUUUUGGUGAGGAACCAGCUUAUACUUCUGAGCUCGUGAUGUGGGCUACAAAGCAAACAGAGGCUUUUGCUCUUCUUGUUAAAAGACAUGCAUUAGCUUCUUCAGCAGCGGCCGGAGGGUUAAGAGCUGCUGCAGAAUGUGUUCAAAUAGCAUUAGGUCAUUGUUCAUUAUUAGAAGCACGGGGCUUAACACUUUGUCCUGUGCUCUUGAAGCUCUUUAGGCCCAGUGUUGAACAAGCACUAGAUGCUAAUUUAAAAAGAAUUGAAGAGAGCACUGCUGCUCUAGCUGCUGCUGAUGAUUGGAUGCUCACCUACCCUCCAACAACUACACGUCAAUCUGGCAGGCAUUCAAGCACAUCCCUUGGUAAUACAACGGUGUUUCAACACAAACUUACAAGUAGUGCUCAUCGGUUCAAUUUAAUGGUCCAGGUGAACUAUAUUUUUCCCUCCUAA